AUGGGGAAGCAGAGUUCCUUGCAUUGGCUCGCCGCAAAUGUCACCUUCCGCUUCAAAGAGCACGAAUCGCCUCCGUACAUCGAGAUCGAUGGCCUGGACACCAGGUACCGCAUUUUGCCCGAUGCCGUGGUGGCGAUGCAGAGGAUCGACGGCAUGCCCACCAUCCUCAUCACGGGGUGGCAGGCCUAUCGUGACAACAAGGGCCGCUUCGGCUCCAGUCACUACUCCAAGGACGAGGCCCUCUGGAUCCGCACAGAGAGGAAUCCGGUGGUGGGAGUGACCACAGAGAACGUCUUCUCUGAACUCCUGCCCUUUGGCCGUGAUGCCGGGCACAAGGUCUAUGAGCACAAGGAAGGAAGCAAGAUCAUCCGCUACUUCAUGAACAGCUGGGGCACACAGAAGAUUGCGGAAGAAGACGAGGUGGAGUUUCAUUCGACGAAGUCCCAUGACAUCAUGGAGUUGCACGUGCCCGGAGAAGACCCGAAGCAAAUGGCGCAGCCGGAUCGCGAUCUCAUGAUGUUGGUGGACGGCAUGCUGGGGGAGAUGUCCUGUAUGGGCAAGCCAAGUACCUGUGCUUUCCGGUGCUUCUACGACUCGGAGAACGAUGUCUGUGGCCCCUCCCACUUCUGCGAGAAGGUGGGCUCCAGCCCUGCGGACAACCUGGCACCCUUCGGCAGUGAACAGAAGUGCAAGGCCGUGGGCGGCCCAACUCACGAGGCUGCGGAUGGCAAGAUCACCCGGAAGCUUGAGGAAAUCAAGCGAGACGUGUUGGACCUUACAGAGAAGUUGGAGCGGAGCCCAGCGAUUUCGAAGAGUGACUCUGGUCGAUCUUCCUUGAAGGAGACUUCGGCGCUGGUGCAGGAGGCCAACCAGAUGCUCAACAUCAUGGAGACCUUCCCGAUGCGCCUCGUCCCCGAAGCCGGCGACUUCCUCGAAGCUGCGAAGCGUGCGUCACAGACUGACAUGAAGCACUGGCGACGUGGCCGGGACCGGUUGACCAUCCAGCAGUACCGGGAGGCAGGAAGCAAAAGCAUCUCGGCGGUGCGCAGCGAGAAGAGCUACUCCGUGCCGGUGAAGUUGCACAAUACCUUGGUGGACUUCAUGAAGAAGCGACCUCACCUGCUCAUCAGGUUCCUCAAGCACGAGACCAACGACAAGUGCGUGCUCAGUGACAAGACGGACUUGGACCGAGAACGCCUGGGCACCUUUCUGAAUUACUACAUGUCCGUCCCUGGAUACAGCACCAAUGACUUGAAGGACGUGACCUUGGAUCUCCCAGCACACUGCCAAGACUAUCUCGUGAGUGAAGAAGCCGCGGAUCCCGAGUCAAUCGUCCAGACCGCCGAAGAUGCGCAGAAGAUCUUGUCCAACUCGACGAGCUCCGGCAGCGAAGGUGGCUUGCUGCAGGUGAAGUCUGAGCGCUUGGCUCGUGCUUUAGGCCCGGAUGGCACCAGCUUCCUGCAGAGUGGGACAUCCUCGGACUUUGCAGCCGACGAAUCUGACAGAGCGCAGGAAGUGUUAUUCAUCAUCGCGUGCAUUAUCGUUUGCCUCGCUUGCUUCGUCGGCGCAACCAUGUUCUUCCUGCUGGGCUUUAGUUCUUUGGCGGGGUGUUUUGGAGAUCGUGGCGGUGGUGGUGGAUGCUUCGCAGCCUACUUCGUCUGCAUGAUCCUUGGCGCCUUGAUCAUCUGGGGUGCCUUUGCCAUGGCCACACCCGUGGGCAUCGCUGCGCUCGUUGCCUCAAUCGUCGUCCUCAUCGGCUCGGCAAUCUAUGGGGUAGCGAAUCUGGAGAUCCGGGAGCACGACUUCGCCAAGCCGCCCCCACCGAACUGGAAGGCCAUCUCUCAUCUCGCCAUGUGA